UGCGCACUCGAUUGUUUUGACUGAAAAUGCCGUCGGUUUCGAAAACGGCGGCCAAUGCGUCUCCUCAAAACGAGAAACCGACCCACUAUACCUACUUGAAGGAGUUCAGGACCGAGCAGUGCCCGCUGUUCCUGCAGCACAAGUGCACGCAGCACAGACCAUUUACGUGCUUCCAUUGGCAUUUUCUUAACCAGAGGCGGCGGAGACCCAUCCGCCGGAGGGACGGCACCUUCAACUACAGCCCCGACGUCUACUGCACCAAAUACGACGAGACCACAGGCAUUUGCCCAGAUGGAGACGAUUGUCCUUAUUUACACCGGACCACGGGAGACACCGAACGCAAGUACCACCUCCGCUAUUACAAGACGGGCACGUGCAUCCACGAGACAGACGCCCGGGGGCACUGCGUGAAGAACGGCCUCCACUGCGCGUUUGCCCACGGCCCGCAUGAUCUCAGACCUUCUGUAUAUGAUAUCAGAGAGAUCCAAGCACAAGAGGCGCUCCAGAAUGGCCAGCUGGGCUCCGGCGAAGGGAUUCCCGACCAGCAGCCCGGCGUGUUAGCCAGCCAAGCCAUGAUUGACAAGACUCUGACGGAGGACCCCAGGUGGCAAGACACCAACUUUGUUUUAGCGAACUACAAAACGGAGCAGUGCACCAAGCCGCCCAGACUGUGCAGACAGGGCUACGCUUGUCCACACUACCACAACAGUCGAGACCGCAGACGCAAUCCGCGCAAGUACAAGUACAGGUCGACUCCAUGCCCCAGUGUGAAACACGGCGACGAAUGGGGCGAGCCCUCCAAGUGCGACAGCGGCGAUGCUUGCCAGUAUUGUCACUCGCGCAUGGAGCAGCAGUUUCACCCAGAGAUCUACAAAUCCACCAAGUGCAACGACAUGCGGCAAACCGGGUACUGUCCCCGGGGGCCCUUCUGUGCCUUUGCACACGUAGAAAGUCUCCCCUCAGGAAUCCCCUCUGGCGAGGACACCAUGAGCUCGUUGCUAACGGCCAUGCAUUCCAGCUCGCAUUGCCAGCCAGGCUCGCACCAGUAUUGCGAGUGUCCGGUGGGCGAGUGGACGACGGCCGUCGGCUCCGGCACCAGCAACGGCCAAGUGGCGAGUACACAAAACAGCGUCUUUUGUGCGGUCAACCCCUUGGCGUCGAGCUUCACCUCCAGCAUAACGUCCAGCUUGGCCUCCAGCAUUGGCUCGGACAACUCCUCCCCGACCACCUUGUCCACCAUGAACGCAAAAGCCACGCCGUUCUAUCCCGGGAGCAACACGGUGGAGUCAGUCAUAGGAUCCGCUCUGGACCUCAACUUUAGCGACAUUAACGUUGCAUCGCUCGAUAAGGAGCUAGAAGAACAAGACAACAAUGUUGGACUGGAAAGUCAAAGGAUGCUCGGCGGCUCGGCCCCGGUCAACAUUCCAGGCUCGCUGGCGCGCUCGUCAUCCUUCAAUUCCUCCUCGUCGCUGUCCACCUCGCCACUGAGCUCGCUGUCGCAGUCGCAGUCCCUGCUGUCCGCAGUGUCGCAUCACAACCACACCGCUAACAUGUUGGCCAAGCAGGAGCACAGCCUGCUGGGAACGCCCACGUCGUCUUCCCAGAACUCCUUAGGCUUGAACGGCGCCAGCAGCAUUUGGGACUUUGUGAGCGGCAGCUUCUCGCAGAGUCCGUCGCCUGUCUUCAGCAGCCUGACGUCUGCGGCGGGCGGCGGCAGUGGUGAUGUAUCGCGUCUCUUUCGGGAACUGGACGAGGCCAAGAGGAAGAUCAAACAGUGCGAGGAGGCCUGGCACCAGGUCAAACAGGCGUGCGAAACAUGCCAGAAAGAUGCCCACGAAGCCAAGGAACAAGCCAAGGCAGCGGAGGUAGAGCGGCAGUUGGCCGAGCAGAAACGGGAUGAGACGGAGCGCAAGAUGAAGGACCUCCGGGGGAACUUUGACGCUCUGUGCCGGGCGCCCGGAGCACCGCUCCUCCGCAGCUACGGCGAGCUGGACCAGCUGCCCCUGUCCAAGCUGCACUUGCUCAAGAACCAGCUGCGCAACGACCUCGACCUCAUAGAUGGGGUCAUAUAUUUACUUCAGUCAAAGAAAUGCGUAGUUUGCCAAAAGCACGACCGAAGCAUUGUGCUGCAGCCGUGCCAACAUUAUGUUCUAUGCGAGAGCUGCGCGUCCAGCAAAGCCGAAUGUCCCUACUGUCGAACAAAAAUACUCAAGUGGUGAUGUAUGCUCACACACCAGAGGUUCUAUGUAGAAAAAAAAUAAGAUAUCAAAAAAGAAUCGAUAUCAAAUUUUGUAUAUUUCAUACAGCAAUUCAAUGUAGAAUGAAAUGAUGCUUGACUCAUAAGUAUAUAUAACGUUGAAUCAUAUACAGGGGUUUUGGAUGUUUAGUUUUUGCUCAUUUUACGUGGUAAACAUCUUUAGUGAGCAAACAAUUAUCUUCAAAAUACUCAAUUACGCUACAAUAGCUAAACUAUACAGUAUAUGUAUAUGCAUCUCAGUAAGUUAGAAAAUUAUGGAAAACUUCAUUAAUUUCAGUAGUUUAAUUCAAAAAGUGAAACUCGUUUAGAUUCACGACACACAGUGAAAUAUUAAUAAAUAUUUUUCGCAGUUUUGACUAUUAUGGCUUGCAGUAGGGCUGCACAAUUAAUCACAUUUUAAUGGUGAUCGCGAUUUUGGCUGACACAAUUAAAGGAGCCUGAUUGUCGGCAAUUUUAUUUUAUUUUUAUGUUUUUUAUUUUACAUUUAAGUAGAGCAAAGAUUGGUGCCAGCGCCUCGGAAAGGGGUCGACAUCCGCUUUCUACAUGUUUUGAUUCAGGGCAAGAGACUUUAAACAAGAAGCCGUAAGAGUGCAGCAGAGUUGAGUUGUCUGCCCUGCAGGUCGGUAACACAACUAACUAAUCUGUUUAGUUGUAGAAAAAUGGCAAAAUACUGGACAAGGAAAACGUGAUCCCCUCAUGCAAUUAUUUCUUCAAAGUAGCAUUAAAUACACUAAUAUAUUUAUUCAGUUAGCCCUUAGUAAAAUUUAAUUUCUUGGGUAAUUGUUUUUUAAAUUAUCCAUCAUUUAUUCUUAUUUAAAGAUUCAUUUUGUACUUUACAUAUUGUUUGUUGAAAAGUAAUGCAAUAAACAUCGAUUUUUUCCUAACAUGAGGAAUAAUCGCGAUUAAUAAUUGCAAUUACAAUAUUGAUCAAAAUAAUCGUGAUUAUUAUUUUCGCUAUAAUCGUGCAGCCCUAUCUCACAGCUAACAAAAACGCGGAAUUCACCAUCUCUGGAAAUUAGAAUAUUUCAAUAGAAACAAUCACAAUGCUUUUUUGAAUACAGUUACAAUAGAAACAAUCACAAUGCUUUUUUGAAUACAGAACUUAAGAGUUUGCCUUCUGAAAAUUAUUUUCCCAGAUGUGUUUAAAUUAAUCUAUAUAACAUUUUCAAUUCAACAACAGUCCUGGAAUAAAUGAACUUUUCUGCGGUAUUCUAAUUUAUUAAGAUGCACCUGUAAUUUCACUUCAAAUGACCUGUCAGCGUUUAUGAACAAAUUAACAAAUCUAAUGUGAGUUUUUUACCCGACAGAAUUGAAUGUGUCCUGGAUCUUCAUCGUUAUCAGACGCACUUAGUAAUAAUUCAACAAUAAUAAUAAUUUCAUAAAGACACUGAUGGAAACAUUUUCUAUUCAAGACGAGAAGCUUACGGCAUUGCAUUGACUGUUCUUCUCUAAAUAAUCUAUCCCAAUGCAGGAGAAGGCCAAAGUCACUUAAAAUGGGCAACAGUUAGACAUCCACUUUUCCUUUAGAUAAAGAGGAACGUGUUUUUAAAUGGUCAAUUAUUCACUUGUAUUUUGGGAGAACAUAAUGUGAAAUUUAACACUAUGCAGAAUGAAUCUUUGAUGUUACAAAAAAAACCAACACUAUUUGUAUUGCAAAAUGAUCAUUUUUGUCAAGUGUUUCAGGUAUUAGUACUGAAUGUUCCUCUUUAAGUAAAAACCCCAAAUAUUCGUUGAUAUGAAUGCAGCCAGUCAAGAAAUUAUUCUGACCAAUUUUCUGAAGAUUUCUUAAUUAAAGCACUUUGUUGACGUGGGACUAUUAAAAGGGUAUAGAGACAAUUUCUUUAAGCUGCUUUGUAGGUUUUUUUUUUUUUUUUUUAACUAGUCAUACUUUUUAUAAACAUACCUAUAAGUAUAAGCUAAUGCUUUUUUUGUGUACUGUGAAACAUAAAUGGAAUAUUUCAUGUUUCCUGUUGUUAAAUCAUGGCAUGAUUCUUCAUAUUAAGAUUUAAUAAGAAAAUAAAAGUAUUUAAUAGUUUCUACUUUCAUAGAAUUACAAAUACACAAAAAAAAUCAAUUAAGUGCAAAUUUAAGAUGCAUUUUAGGCAUAACCAGCAGCUGUAAUAUGUAUAAAGGUGCACACACGCUACACGUGUUUCAAUCAAUUUUGGUUUUUGUAAAGAUUUAUAUGGAGGAGCAUGUAUUGUUUUUUUUUUUUUGUGUGUAGGAAACUAGCCUCCAGAACAUAUCGGCCUCCAGCUCUAAAGUGCCUUAAACUCAAAUUGUAGGAGCGGAAAAGCUUUUUUUGUGAAAUGUGUCAAACAAGUUGACGUAAACACCACGACCACAUGCAUAUUCGACCCAGUUCCGUUAAUAUUAUUUGAUAGAACAUUGCCAGUGCCUGCGUCCUUGUCGUUGGCCGCGUCGCUCUUUUGAGAUUUGGUCUUUUCUUUCCUGGUUGUAUGCAAACAAAGGGCACAUGCAUUUGUAUAGAAAAAGCUCUCAAGACAAUUCCCGAGGUUAACUUCAUCGAGUCCGUCUGAAAUGACCUUCUACUGUGUUAAUGAAUCGUCUCUCCCUCUCUCUGUCUAUCUCGCUUUAAAAAUGAAUAUGAAGUCUGCAGGUGCAAUUGAUUUUGCUACCUGUUAAGUUUACAUUCCCCAACGUGACAAAGCAGCGCAACGGAAAAAAUAUUGCAAAAGAUGUACUGUACGUUCGCUGAUCACUGAGUUAAAGAGGCGGACGGGGCUGCUAUGAUUCGGCCAUGCACGACAUUUAGAGUUGGCUCGCAUCUGGACCGGCAGAGGUGUUGAAGCAGGUUACACAUAACUAAGCUUUUAAUAUUUUCAAUGUUAUAACUGAUUUUUUAAAUGUGAGACCCCACGCAUGAUGAGGACAAAAAUCGGUGUGUGCGCUUUCUCCUAUGAUAGUCUGUGGUGCACAGUUUGCCCUGGCAAACUCUCCUUGCCAUUUUGAUUGUGAGGGAAUGACACGUAAUACAAACACUUGACACAGCCCUGACUGGUUCCGAACAGAUCAGGAAAGCACUUGAACACACCCCACACCGCAGGAUAAUUGCUCAUGUUAAUCUUUGAGAGACCUUGGAUAAUUGGCCCUUUUCAUCACAGUAGUGGGCACGUGUGUACACUGCUCAAGACUAAUAAGGCUAGCAACCUCUUAAUCACAAAUCCCCACAAAUGAGACCACUUACCGUUUUGACACUAGAAACUGAUGCUUCCUUCCAGAAAACUGGGAAGUCGGACAUUUCGGAGUUCGAAUGAACUCGCCUUCACCAAAAUGCACAAUUUUGUUAUUAUGUGUCAUUUAAUGGUCCGCAGCUUAAGAAACACUUCUACAAAUCUCUGCAAAUGUCAAAUAAUCACUUCUACAAAAGUCCAAGGAAAUCACAAUGUCUCGUCACUCGUGAGCUAUUUUUUUUAAUCACUUCUACAAAAGUCCAAGGAAAUCACAAUGUCUCGUCACUCGUGAGCUAUUUUUUUUAACAGGUCCGAGGGCUACUCAUUUGGUUGCUAGGUGCUACUCAUGGGCACUAGUUUGGUGAGGAUCAGCCCCCCUCCUCCAUGCUUAUGACACGCAGUAUGAUUUUUUGUUUUUUGCCAGCUGUCUGCACUGGUGCACUUCGAGCCCCGAAUCUAAAAUUUGUGAGCGCGAACUGCAUAGCAAAUGCUAGCCCCUACAAAGACAGUACGGCUUCAUUUUUUUUUCUCUUCUACCCCCCCCCCCUCCACGAGCCCCCCCUCGUGGAGGUAGCACUUCAUCACCGCGCUGUCAAAUUCCACUGGUCAGUUAGUGUGUCUAUCCAGGCGCACAAUACAAAUACACCCUCGCCUCCACCGCAUCGACAUCACCGAGCAGUCAAGUUAAUGUUACUUAUCAGAAGCUAAAGCUAAUUUGUGUAACCAACAUAACUCCAUGCAGCUCUGCUUAUCUUUUGGCUUUGAUACGAUGUUUGAGCCACUUUGGUCCUGUCGUUGUGUAAAUUGGUGCGGAGGCCUAUGCACUCGCUCCGGGAAUAGGCAGAUCACACAUUUACUUAGUUGCAUAAUUUCACACUUUGUAGUCCCCUUUGUUAUUCUGGGGGGAAAAAAUAAAAAAUCAUCAAGCUUGGCCAAAAAUAUUCAGCAUUUUGUCGGGACUGAUGACGGUCAAGUUAUUUUACAAACAAGACAAACGCGAGCUUGUUGUGGUCGUUGGCCUUUUUGUUUUCAAACAUUACGUCAGCGCUUUGACUUCAAACCCAAUUUAAGCAUGUCCUAAGCACUGAUCAGUAUCUUUUCGACUUCCCAGCAGCCUUGAACGCAGCGCUUAACCUUAAGAAAAAGUGUUGUUUUUUUUUUUUUUUUUUUGUAAGCCAAGGGACAAGCGAGGUUUUCAUUAGAAUGAAUGACAGCACAGCAAGCUACAUCUACUCAUUUUUAUACAGUUUGUAUUUUUACAUGCGACACAAAAAGCAGUCCUAAAGCUUCCGCUGUUGCGUGAUAUGAAAAUGAACAAUAAUUAUUAAUUUGCUGUAUUUGUGUCACUGUAUUUCAAUUGACACCUUUGAUGUAGUUAAAACGCUUAUUAGUGACUAUGGGGAAAAGUAUUUGUGUAGUUCCUUCACAAUUUUUUCUUUUAAAUCUAAUUAAGUAUUUGUGUAGUUCCUUCACAAUUUUUUCUUUUAAAUCUAAUUACAUUUGUACAAUUGUGCUAGGAUUUUUGUAACUGCCCUUGCAAUGAUGUCACAGACCUGUACUGCAGUAAAUUGUCAAAAGUUUGUGUUUACUUGUUUUGUUAUUUUUUUAUUUUUUAAACUGUUUAAUUUGACAGGGUCCUUUGGUCGUCGUCAUUUUGCCUGUAAAACAACAACAACAAAACAAUGAUGUCUCAUGCAAAAUGUAGAUUAACAAACCAAAGCGAUGUUUCCAGUAGCUGUCCAAAUAUUCAAAAAGAUUCUCUUUUUAAAACAGAACUCCACGCAUCGCUGGGGAGCCUUUCGAGACUUGGAAUUCCGUUUUUGGGGUCUGUCGAUAUUUCACUUAGCGGCUAAAUAACAGCACUAUGCCGAUGGGCUUUUGCUUCUAACUUCAAAGCACUUGAGCCUUUGUUUGUUGCAGUUUUACCAAAGACCUGUACAUUUUGCUUUCAUUUUUAUCCCUUUCUGUAAUAAAUGGAAGUUACUAAAAUUAAAAAAAAUAAUAAUAAUAUAAUCACCUACUACCUUAAAUAGUUAAUUAGCAGUAAUAAAUUAAGUGUUUUUCUCUCACUCGACAAAAAAAUGCAGACAAAUCCUGACCAAGUGUUUUUCCGGCCAAUUUAAGAACAGUGAAGGAAUUGAAUGUGCUCUUGAAGUGGCCAUAUCAGCUUCACUUUUCUCAACUUGUAUUGACUCUCAAUACAUUACAAUAUGUAUACAGUGGAUAGUUAUUCAUUUAUAUACUGUUUAUGAUACUGUACAGUGCUUUGGAUUCAGCAUCUAGAAAGUGAGGCAUCUAGAAAGUGAGGCUAUCUGGCAGAUACAGACUUAAUUAUCCCAACAAAACAAUCCAAAAAGUCCAGUUUGUAAGUUUGUAAUAACAGCAAUUAGCAUUACUUUUUUGCAUUUUUAUGAUUGGAUUUGCGUUCUCUCGAGAGAUAAAAUUGUCAAAUUCCUCUGAAUUAGGAUCCAAAAAUCGAGUGCCUUCCACGGGUCAAGUGGACGACGAUGUUCCGUCAUCUUUUAUUUGGGCCAAUUUCGCUAAAAGGUUUAAAAGUGGUGGAUAGUCGACCCUUUCCCCGUUAACGUGAAAACCACUUUUACAAAACAGAGCACACUUCUCUGCUGCAACCAACAGAGGCGCUGCUGAGUCUUUCUCAUUUUGAGAACAACAACAUGACGUUACGUAUGGGAACAUGCAGAGAGAGAUUGGUACGGAACGAUUUUUCAACACGCAAUUUCAUUUCCAUUUGAUUUCUUUAGCAAAUGAAGGCGUAAAGUGAAGCUAACUCCAGGAAGUGGUCAGACGUCAGCGUGGAAAGGGUCUGUUUUUCCCUUCAUGGUCUGUAUUUGCCAUUCCAUUCAAGACAUGAACUUCAAAACGGCAAUAUUGAGCCAUUUAGGACACAAUUUAGAUGAAUCCGGCACCAAAUGGGAAACAAAAAGUACCAAAUACAAAGAAUCUUGUAAAUGAACUGUACACGGCAUACUUUUGAAUCUGUUUUGCAUUCUAGUUGUGUUUGUCGUCUUUUUUUAAUUCUUUUUUUUAAUACUAUGAACAUGCGAACCUGAAGGUUUAUGCAAUCUUGUACACGUUUAAUGACGUCGAGUGUGAUGUUUGAAUUGAAAAUGACUUUACUCGUGCGAUUGUUAUGGAAAGUACAAAAAGAAUCAAUGUGGAACCGGCUGUUCCACGUACUGUAGAAAUGUUGUUGUUAUUAACUGUUUGAAGCCCUGAAAUAUUGAAUGUAUUGUUCUAAAUUAGAUAUUCAAUGAAGAGGUCACUGGAAUAUUAAUACUACAGAGCACAGUUCAUUCAUUUUGAUGUAGCAACUAGUUGUAAACUGCUAUUCAAUAAAAACAAAUGUAUUAGCACUAAGUUUUUUUUUUUCUCCCAGGUUAAUGCAUUGAUUGAAUGAAAUCUAGAUUUAAUGGGUUUAUUCCUGUCAGUGGGGUUGAAUAUUUGAAUAUUUUUUUGUGACAAUAUGUAGGAAUUCAAGAUGAUAAUCACAAGAAUUAUACUGUCGGUAUCUCGAUUCUGUGUUGUGUGCACAAACAUACCGUAUAGGUGCAAGUCUUAUUACCAGAUUUUUUUUUCUAUUAUUAUUUUGGUUUUAUAUAUUAAAGAUUGUGUACUGCAUAUUUUCUGUAGUGUAUGACUAGUUAACACUUGUUAAAUUGUUACACUGCGGUGUUGUAAUGGUUUACAGCAUUCACAAGAUUAUUUUUUAUCAUUCUUGACAAUUAAACAAAUUUUUCAUCUCC